AUGCAAGUGAGAGGGCGGCGAUGCACAGGUCAGAGUGAGAGGGCGGCGAUGCAAGUGGGAGGGCGGCGAUGCAUAGGUCAGAGUGAGAGGGCGGUGGACAGGGAGGGGUGGGAGAGCGAUGCGGUGGCGCCUUCAAUCAACAUGCGCUGCCGCUUUCUGUGCUGCCUUUGCUGGCGCCGCGUGAGACACACAGGCGAGGGGGACACGGGCGAGGGGGACACGUGCGAGGCGACUGCACGGCCGCCACCCACAGGCACCAUGGAAGGCGUGCUGGGCCGUGUUGCAGCCUGCGUGUGGCCCGGCCCCACAUCGACCCCUUUUGCCUCGCGGUGCUGCCUCCCUGCCUCACCCCCUUGUCUCGCAGCCUCCUCUCUCCGUCUGCGCCACUGCCUCUGCCGCCUCCUCUUGCGCGCCUUGAGAGCUGCGCUGAGGGCGGCUCUGCCAGCCCCGCCAGCACUGAGGGCGGCUCUGCCAGCCCCGCCAGCACUGAGGGGCGCCAGCACUGCACCGCCUCGCCGCCCGCCAUCCCAUCCACCUGCUGCCUCCCCACUGCUCGCCCCACUGCCAUCCUCAUUCUCGUCCGCGUCCCCCUCCACCUCGCCCUCCACCUCCCCCUCAACCUCGCUCUCCACCUCCCCCUCCUCCGCAUCAACAGCCCCACUCACCCCAUUCAUGUGCUCCUCGCUCUGCCCUCCUUCCCCACAUGCCUCCCCUCCUUCCCCUCCCUCUCCCUGCGCAUCCCCGCCCUCCCGCACGCUCCCUCCCUGUAGUUGCUCCUCCCUCGCCCUUUUCCUCCCGACCUUCCUCUCUCCUUCCCUCUCCCUCUCCCUCUCCCUCUCCCUCUCCCUCUCUCUCUCCCUCUCCCUCUCUCCCUCUCCCUCUCCCUCUCCCUCUCCCUCUCCCUCUCCCUCUCCCUCUCCCUCUCUCCUCUUUCCCGCUCCCGCUCCCUCUCCCGCUCUUCAUCCCGCGCCUCGCCUGCCAUCGCCUGCACGCCCCUCCCCUCCGCACGUCUGCCCGACCGUGCUGCCAUCCACUCGCCACCUGCGCCCUGCACUGCCUCACCUGCGCCCUGCACUGCCUCACCUGCGCCCUGCACUGCCUCACCUGCGCCCUGCACUGCCUCACCUGCGCCCUGCACUGCCUCACCUGCGCCCUGCACUGCCUCACCUGCGCCCUGCACUGCCUCACCUGCGCCCUGCACUGCCUCACCUGCCGCGCCGCCACUAA